AUGUCUGUGCCGAAGAGCGAACACAAGGUAAGAAAAUAGAUUUAUUUUUCCACUUUGAAUUGGUCAAUCGAGGAUGGAAUUGACGGCAACUCUCGCUCGCGUUUGACUGUGACACGAGAAUGACCAUGAAACUCUCAUAUCGACUCUCCCUUGCAAUUGAUAUUUUACUAUAAUUGAUUUAUAUAUAUUUAUAUAUUUUGCAUUUGUUAAGGUGUACAUGUACAGGAAUGAUUUUAAGGCUAUGUGUGCUGAGGUCCACAAACAUCAGCAUAUCAACAGGAGGAAAUUUGUUCGGUCUGUGGACGACUCCGGGUUGUGCUGUAAUUCGUCUCGUCCUUGGCCCUGGUCAGGAUUGCAAGCGAACAUCCACCUCGUUUCAUCAAGAUUCAGAAUAUGUGGCUUUUGUUGGUCGCUUUGUCAACGAGCAACACAUGUUAUGCCAUAUUGGAGAAUGGCGUUCCCACCACAGUCUGAUUUUAGACAAACCUGGUGCUGAAGACGAAAUCGCCAUCAGACGUAACUUCCGUCAAGACGUGUCGAAAUUUUUGUUCAUCAUUGCAAACAAUUAGAAACGGUGAUAGUGUGCUGUCUCCGUAUUUCUUCACCGACGGUGGAACACGCUAUGAAAAAGCAGCGUUUGUGGUUUUAGAAUCCAAAAAUCCCUUCUCAAAUGAUGCUAAAAUUUUGGCAAAGAUUGAGCGUGGAGCUGAGGGAAAUCAAGGUCGAGCCUCUUUAACAGGCUCCGGACCCCCACGAAAUACGGGCCCAGAUUCUCAUCAGAAUCAGAACACUAGUCCCACCUAUACGCAGGUCGCCUCAAGAAGUUCCCACAAAAACCCCCAACAAACAGGCUCAAAUUCUCAUCAGAAUCAGAACACUAGACCCACCUAUACGCAGGUCGCCUCAAGAAGUUCCCACCAGAAUCCCCAACAAACAGGCUCAAAUUCUCAUCAGAGUCGGAACACUAGUCCCACCUAUACGCAGGUCGCCUCAAGAAGUUCCCACAAAAACCCCCAACAAACAGGCUCAAAUUCUCAUCAGAAUCAGAACACUAGACCCACCUAUACGCAGGUCGCCUCAAGAAGUUCCCACAAGAAUCCCCAACAAACAGGCUCAAAUUCUCAUCAGAGUCGGAACACUAGUCCCACCUAUUCGCAGGUCGCCUCAACCAAUGGUCAACUUUCUGGGGAGAAUGCAAAUGAUGUUACCCCGACGGACACAUUUUAUACGGAAUCCCCCAAAGGUGUACCAAUACUACCAAACCUUCCAGCAGAUCAUACUUCGGCUCAAACGUCGGCGACUACCGAAUAUGAGAAGGCUAUAACGAAAGAAAUUAUCAUGAAGGACACAUACGAUGAGUUGGAGAAAUUUUUUGGCCAAGAAAAUGUGGAAAUAGAACGAACAAGUUACGAUGACAUAAAUAUGAUUUUUGAACAUGAGUCAUAUCGCUGGAUGGUUUGCUUUCCUAAAACCUUCCCGAAUCAACCAGCGCAGCUUUACCGCGUAUCGAAACGUCGUCAUUUCUCAAGCAGCUCGCCAUGCCCUCAUUAUAACCUUGAGAAACCUCUUACCAAUCAUGUUAACAUACUUCUGUCUAUCAAGAAAAAUUGCCGGUUGACAUGCAAAAUUUGUGAAAACAUCUGCAAAGAAAAUUUAACCUCCGAAGGUGGACCAACCUCCCCGGUAGACUAUACUGCUCAAACAACCGAUAACCCUUCAGAGAAUGGCACAGCUCAAAAUAAAACAGUGAAAGAAAUUAUCAUGAAGGACACUUACGAUGAAUUAAGAAAUUUUUUGGUCAAGGAAAAGUGGAAAUAG